AAAACGUACGACUCUUUACUCUUUAGACACAGUAAAAGUAGACUGACAAUCACGUGAUCGCUCUCUACCUCUCAAUUCUUUUUCUUCCCCUCUCUCCCUCUUUUCUCGUUCAAUUUUGGUCCUGCAGAACAAAUUGUAUUCAGACCCUUUUUAAUCUAUUUUUCUUUUUCCAUCACUUGUACUUCUUUAGUUUAAAGUUCGAAAAUUGGAGUUGGGUUGAAAAGUAUCCGAGAAAACCGUUGGAGGGUCUGUGUGGGAGUUCUUCUCUAGCUCCCCAGAUCUGUCUUUGCUGUGAAAAGAUACCAAAAAUGGGUAUAAUUUCCCGUAAGAUAUUCCCAGCAUGUGAGAGCAUGUGUGUGUGCUGCCCAGCUUUGAGGUCACGGUCUCGGCAACCUGUUAAACGUUACAAGAAAUUGCUUGCUGAGAUAUUUCCCAAGUCUCCUGAAGGGCAUUCAAAUGAAAGAAAAGUUGUAAAGCUCUGUGAAUAUGCCUCCAAAAACCCUUUGCGGAUUCCAAAGAUCGCUAAAUAUCUUGAAGAAAGAUGUUACAAAGAACUGCGAAAUGGCAACACCAGACUUGUAGGUGUUGUUGCUGAGGCUUUCAACAAACUACUCUGCAUUUGUAAGGAGCAAAAGGCAUAUUUUGCUGCAAACUUGCUGAAUGUUGUUACUGAACUGCUUGAUGAGUCUAAGCAGGAUGCUGUGUUGAUAAUUGGAUGCGAUACUCUUACUACUUUUAUACACUGUCAGGUGGAUGGGACAUAUACACACAAUAUUGAAAAUUUUGUUGACAAAGUUUGCAUGUUCACACGUUCAACCGAAGAUGAGCAGCAAAAGCAUGUUUUAAGGGCGUCGAGCUUGCGAUGCCUUUCGGCCAUGGUCUGGUUUAUGGCUGAAUUCUCACAUAUAUUCACAGAAUUUGAAAAGAUUGUACAUGCUACCCUUGAUAAUUAUGAGACCGAGUCACAAAACGAAGAAGAAGAGGAAAGAAGGGAAGCCCAUCAUAAUUGGGUGGAUGAAGUAGCAAGAUCCGACGGACGAGGUGCGCCUGGUGUUGGUGGUGAGUUCAGCCCCACCCACAUGCUCGUAAGAAUACGGCCCGAAAGGAAAGACCCUUCUCUUCUAUCAAGGGAUGAGAUGGAGACUCCAAAAAUAUGGGCACAAAUAUGCGUCCAGAGGAUGGUUGAUCUGGCGAAAGAGAGCACUACUAUGCGAAGAGUGUUAGACCCGAUGUUCGUCUACUUUGACAUGAAAAGGCAGUGGGCCACCCCACAAGGCCUGGCCCCUUUAAUCUUGGCCGGUGUCGUUCGGCAUCUGGACCACAAGAAUGUUGUGCACGAUCCUCAAACAAAAUGCCACAUCAUCCGGACUGCCAGCUGUCUGGCCCGUCAGGUCAGGUUGGAAAUGGUGAUCUCAGACAUGGGGUUCGUUAGUGACCUCUUCAGGCAUUUGCGCAAAAGCUUUCAGGCAACAGCCGAGUCGAAUUCAAUUGGAGAGCAGGAGUGGGAUUUGAAUGCAGAUUUGCGGACUUGUAUCGAGACUUGCUUGCUAGAAACAGUGAAAGGGAUUGUUGAUGUGAGGCCGCUGUUUGAUAUGAUGGCAAUUACCCUGGAGAAGCUCUCUCCAGUUAGAGUUGUUGCAAGGGCAGCCAUAGCUUCACUUAUUAUCCUAGCCCACGUGUUUCCGGAAGCUCUCUUCAUUCAACUCCUGAAAGUGAUGUCGCAUUCUGACGUCGAAAUACGAGUCGGAGGGCAUCAAAUAUUCUGUGUUCUCCUAAUCCCAAGCUACGCUCAUGCGAAGAGCGAUGCUUUCAAGAAUCCAAAGUUGCAUUCCAAAAAUUCUUCAACAUUUUCCUCAAUUACGGCCCUGCUUGAAAAGCUUCGCAUAGAAGUAUACGGAACUAACGUGAAGCAUGCAAAUGAAGAAAGAGCUGAGGAUGAGUGGAAGCAUGGGAGGUCUCACAAGAGCUCCCCUAAUAUGCACAUAAUAAGCUCCAUUGUUGACAGGACUAUUGGGCCUUCUAUCCUGAAAGAGACUGAACAGAUUUUUUUGCAAUGCAAUGAGGAUCAAAUGGCUCAGUUGCUUUCAGCUUUAUGGAUAGAAGUCAAUCUACCUGAUAACCUGCCUGCUAAUAUUGAAGCUAUUGCACAGUCAUUCUGUUUAGCACUUAUUUCUUGUCGGCUUAAGAACUUGAAUGAUACUCUGAUACUCAGGUUUUUUCAGCUUCCCUUGUCGAUAAGAAAGAUUGCUUUGGACUCCAAUCAUGGGUCUUCGCCUCCAGCUUAUCGGAGGUCACUUCUUGUACUAUCGACUGCAAUGAUGAUGUUUGCUGCUAAGCUGUAUCAUAUUGCCGAGACUUGUAAUCUGGUCAACUUGUUAGUUGAUUCGGAUGUGGACCCACAUAUCGGCAUAAGUGACGACUUUCAAGUCUAUGUAAAGUCUCAAUCUGAAGUGAAAGAUUACGGCUCAGCGUCUGAUAAUGAAGAGGCUUUGUUGACCCUGGUCAAUUUGCGGGGCAAGUCUCAAGAGUCUGAUAAAGUCGUGCUUUCCUUAUUAGUUGAAAGUUUGUCAACCAUUACAAAGUAUGAGUCGGAAGACAUUGCUAAGCAGCUAAUGGAGGGAUUUGUGCCGGAUGAAGUUUUCAUGUUCGGCGCACAAUCUAUAGUGGACAUGGAUCACUUUCAAAGAGCUGCACACUCUAAGGGAUCACAAUCUUUUGAUGGGGAGUUUUCAGCAAAUUCCUUAGUUGAAGAUGAUGCUAUGAGUAUAUCAUCAGUUGCUGAUAUAACUCGUUUCAUACCCAAGGUGCCUGCUUCUCCUUCUCCUUCAAUGUCCCAUAUUGUCAGCAUUGGCCAGCUGCUAGAAUCGGCACUUGAGGUUGCGGGACAAGUGGCGGGAUCAUCCGUGUCCACAUCACCACUUCCAUACAGCGCUAUCACGAACCAGUGUGAGACAUUUGGUACUGACUCCAGAAAGAAGCUUUCUAAUUGGCUGGCCCACGAUAAUAUCCCCUGCCCCAAAACUAAUGGCUUCAUGCCUUCUUCAUUUUCCGCCACAGGAAUUGAAAAGACAUCCUGUGGCGAACCAGUUGUAGGGUCUGUGCCGUCCACAAACACUUGGCUAGCUCUGAGGCUGCCACCUGCAAGCCCUUACGACAACUUUCUCAGAGCUGCUCGUGGUUAAACUUAGGUUUGUGUAUAUUGUUAGGCAAGUAAUUUAGGAAAAAGAUUGUCUUUAUUCAUCGAUGCUACAUUAUUCCCGCCUUGUUGAAUUUUAGUUAUCAGGAUUAUCCAUGUUGCUUUUAUGGCUCUGUAAUUUCUGGCUGUUUCCGAUUGCCUGAAGUUUGUAGCUGUAAUUGCUGCGCACGUUUCAAUUUGCUAUGACGCUUAAGGACUUAUUAUGUGCAAUUAACUUAAAUUCGACACUCGUCUUUUGUUCAAGUCAGUUUAUGUUCGUAGUUUUCGUUUGUUGAUGACAUGAAAAUAUGGUUACAAAAUUACACCGAGGGUUGGGUCAACUACGAGGAAGCACAAAAGUC